AUGGUUAUUGACAACUUGUUCUCUGGAGCAAUUCCGGAUAUCUUUAGCAAUCUUACAUGGCUAUAUGAGCUAGACAUGGCUAACAACCGGUUAUCUAGUAGAAUUCCCAUGAGUAAAGAAACAUGCAAGCGAUUAGAGAUGCUUGUUCUAGCAAGGACAGCCCUCAAUGGCAGCAUUCUAAAGCAAAUUUUUGAGCUUCCCCAGCUAAAUUUUUGCUGUUGGAUAACUGGCUCAAUACACCAGUCACUGGAAAAUCUAGCAGCACUGGAGAGCUUGGAUCUUUCUUCCACCAAUCUCUCUGGCCUAAUCCCAACAGAAUUGGAGAACCUUAAUGCUUUGCAGAUGUUAAAUUUGUCUUUCAAUAGCUUGGAAGUAGAAGUACCGAAAAAUGGUGUCUCUGCCAACAUCAGCUGGCAUUCUCUCCAGGGAAACAAUCAGCUCUGCGUAUUUGACCAUGAGACUGCAGAAAAGCUUAGAGUCACUACUUGUGUGAAAAAAACAAAAUCGAAUUCAGAUUUAGUGCUCAAAGUCAUUAUUCAAACCUCUUCUUUCAUUGUGCUUGUGUGUGCAUUGUGUUUAGUAUGUGCAGUGAUCACCACAAAGAAGAGAAAGACAAUAAACAAUGAAAGUUCAACAUCUAAACUGAAGGGUUUACCGCCAAGACUAUCUUACUCUGAAAUCCAGCUUGCAGUAAACGGGUUUGUCACAACAAAUUUGAUAAGGAGGGGAGCUUUUGGGUCUGUUUAUGGAGCUGUUUUCAGUUCUGGUGAAAGUGGAAUCCACACCACAGUUGUAGUGAAGGUUCUUGACUUGACACAAAGCAAAGCUUCCAAGAGUUUUGAUGCAGAAUGUGAAGCUCUCAGAAACAUCAAGCAUCAGAACCUUGUUAAGGUCUUCAAUUCUUGCUCCAGCAUUGAUCACACAGGAGCUGAAUUCAAGGCUUUAGCUAUGGAAUUCAUGUCUAUUGGUAACCUGGAUAAGUGGUUGUACCCAGAGGACGUUGAGUGUGGAUCAACUCUGACCUUGACCCAGAGACUAAAUAUUGCCAUUGAUGUAGCUUCUGCAUUAGAUCACCUACAUCAUGAUUUUGACCCACCUGUAGUCCAUUGCGACUUGAAACCUGGAAAUGUGCUUUUAGAUGAAGAUAUGACUGCUCAUGUAGGAGAUUUUGGGUUAGCAAGGUUUCUCUCCCAUGAUUCAUCACAGAAUGGGAGUAGCACAAUUGGACUAAAAGGCUCGGUUAUAUUGCUCCAGGUAUGUUGUGGAUCUUACUUUAUGAAACUUAAAAUGAUUUAGUGAUUACAUUCACAGUUCAAACAGUGUUCUACUCUACCUCACUUGCUAAAUUCGACCCCAAAGAACAAAUUAGUAAAAAAUAUUUUAAAAUUAACACCCUAUGUUUCUACAUUUUUUCCUCAAGCUUUUAUCAUUUCUGGUUGGAAAUACUUGAUCCUAAUAUCCUGAAAUACUGUUAUCAAGUAUGGCUUGGGUGGAAAGGCUUCAACCAGUGGGGAUGUCUAUAGUUUGGGAUACUGCUGCUUGAGAUAAUCAUUGCCAAGAAGCCCACAGAUGGGAUUUUCCAGGAAGGUUUAAGCAUAAACAAGUUCAUCUCCGAAGUGCAUGAGAGUAAAAUCUUGGAUAUUGCUGAUCCAAGGCUUUUCAAGGAUAAUGAAUCUUUUUCGCAAAGCAGCAGUACUAAUUAUUCUUCUGGUGAAGAUAGCAGCAGCAAGAACAAAAACAACAUUGCUUUCAGAGGUGAAGAGUGUGUGGCUUCUAUGGUGAGAGUUGGACUGUCUUUGCUGCUGAUUCAUCGAAAGAAAGUUUUACUAUUGAGAAGCCUUAUUUUGUGUAUUUAUGUUUGUUUCCCAAGCUGUUUGAAGCUAUAAGCUCUUAUGAUUAGAACUGCAACUUGAUAUGAGGAUCUCUUUAAUGGCCAGUUAAUUUGAUCAUAUGUCAAAUUUUAUCAAUUCUAUUUUCUUUAUCAAUCCCCCAUAUUAAGAAAGUUCGAAAAAAAUUUAUGCGAAUAUAUGCUAAAACACAUGAAUGCAAGAAGAUAAUUGCUUAGGCCAUGUCAUAAGGGCAUCAUAUUCUUCAUUCAUAGGUGCAAAACAGUGUGGGAAUUGGGCUGCAAUUUUAUAUGAGGGAGGUUAUGUGGUAUAGUAAUCAAGUUACCAUAGGAUGUUUGUUUGUGCCAGAUAAGGAUGUAGUAUGAGAAGGCUCUGGUUGGGAAAUAUAUGGUGUAGAAGUGGCUGGUGGAGAAGGAUAGGCAUGCGGGGAACUAGUUUCUGCAGAAACUAGUGGAACUGAUGGUAAAGGUGAAGGUUUCAGUACAGGUAGAGUAGAAGAGGAUUGUGCAGUGGAAUUAGAUUGAGUAAAGGGCUGAAGAAUUGAUUGAGAACAAGAGUGCAAUAAAAAGGUAAGCCAAAGAGUAGGUGAGCAGAAUUUGAGGGAGGAGCACUAGAUUGUGAGGAUGAAACUUGUGUUAAUGCAGAAAAAACAUGUUGAUUAAACAAAACAUGCCUGGUAACAUAAAUUCUGUGAGAGUGAGGUUCAAGACAUCUGUAACCUUUUGAGUAGGGAGGGUAACCUUAAAAUACACAAGGAGAAGUGUGAGGUUGAAAUUUGUGGGUAUUACAAGGCUUAAGAAGAGGAAAACAAGUACAACCAAAAACUUUCAAGUGUAAUAAAUCGGGUUUGGCAUUAAAGAGGAGCUCCCAAGGUGAAAGACUAUCGAGUAAAGGAGUAGGUAGUCUGUUUAUGAGAUGCUAAACAGUAGAAAUAGCAUAUGACCAAUAAGUGGUAGGUAAUUUUGAGUGAGAAAGCAUGGUCAAAGCACACACAACAAGAUGCCUAUGUUUCCUUUCAGCCACUCCAUUUUGUUGGGGUGUGUGAGGGCAAGAUAAUUGGUGAGUAAUACAAUGAUUAGAGAACAAAUCAUUAAAGGAAUUAGAAGUGAAUUCACCCCCACAAUUCAGAUCUAAGAAUUUUGAUUGUGUGAUCAAGAAGAUUUUCAGUGGUGCCUGUAAAAUGUUUGAAAGUAAAUAGGAAAUCAGAUUUCAAUUUCAACAAAAAAAUCCAAGUAAACUUGGUGAAAUCAUCAACAAGUACAAGAUAGUAUUUAAAACUAUUGAUGUUUUGUAUUGGAGCUGGA